GAGCAUGAUUAGUCUGACAACAUUGCCAGAAUCAUUUUGGGGAUAUGCAUUGAAAACAGCAGCACACACACUCAACAGAGUUCCAUCUAAAGCUGUCGAGAGCACACCAUACGAACUAUGGCGUGGGAGAAAACCGAGUUUCUCGUACUUUAAGAUUUGGGGCUGUGAAGCUUAUGUAAAACGUCUCAUGACGUCUAGUAAGUUGGAGCCUAAAUCUGAUAAAGUAAUUUUUGUGGGAUACCCCAAGGAAACUAGAGGGUAUGAGUUCUAUCAUCCAUCCGAUAACAAAAUUUUCGUUGCUCGGAAUGGAACCUUCCUUGAGAAGGAGUUUCUUUCUACUAUCACUAGUGGGAGAAAGGUAGACCUCGAAGAAAUUCGAGAACCACAAGAAGAAGUCCCGAUAGUGUUGGAACAUGAGCAAAGAGAUCAAGCAAUUGAACCUCAAACUACUCAAGAUAUACCACGUAGAGGAGAUGUGAUGAUUUGCAAAGUAGAUACUGACGACAACAUAGCCAAUCCCUUGACCAAGCCUUUAGGAAAGCUAAAGCAUGAGGGUCACACUAGGUCCAUGGGCAUUCGACCGAUGCCAGAUUGGCCAUAGUGCAAGUGGAGAUUGUUGGAGUUGUGUCCUGAUGGCCAACUGUUUAUCGUUAUUCUAGAAUAAAGUAUAUUUAGAAAUAGUACCCUUAUUUUAAUAAGUACUUUGGAUACACAUUAUUAUACAAAGUGAUGCUCUUACACCUUAUCAUAAAAUGAAGAAUGUCAGGAUUU